UCUGUCUAUUAAUCUGUGAUAUUAUAAUCUAAUAGGUUUGUUCUUUAUUGCCGCACUUUCUGCACUAGUGUAUACUAGUGACACCAAAGCGUUCUUUAUUGCAGUGUAACCAAGUUCAGUGCAAUAGUUCAGUGUACUCGCUGCCCUAGGUCUGAAGCAGUAACUUGUCCUGCUUGCACUAGUUCCGUUCAGUGCAAUGCAGUAUGAACUCAGUGUAGCAAUAAAGAACCAAACCUUAUAUCACGAACUAUGAAUAAAAAAAAUUAGUAAAUAGAGUUCAAAUUAUUAUCUGUAUUUUUGUCUAUAUAUAUAUUAAUAAGAUGUAUUAUUGCCCAAUGUGCUCGAUACUUCUUCGCGUUACAUAAAAACAUUAACGAGAUCUUGAUAGUUUCUUGCUAUCUCUUUUUUCUGACGGAUACAUUUGCUCUUUCGGUACAUUUCGAACAUCUCUAUAAAUAUCUUUAAUUUUCGACAGCGGAAUUAUAUUGUGAUUAUAUGUUAGAGAUCCUUUUAACAAAAUGUACACGUUUUCGAGGAUAUCACCAAAACCGUUAAUUGUUGCGAUUAAAGAAAGUUUUAUUUCCACAAACUAUUCUAACGUCUGGCAGAGAUGUAAUCUUUCCUCUCAAAGAAUACUUAAUGAUUUGAAUGAAAAUCAGAAGAAAUCUGUCACAUCAUUUCCACCACUAACGGAACCUAUCCCUGAUCUACCAAAACCUAUCUAUUCUACUGCAAAAGAGGAGCAUCAGGGAACAAAAAUAACAGUUUUGCCAAAUGGUUUAAAAGUUGCAUCAGAAAAUAGAUUUGGACAAUUUUGUACCAUAGGUGUUCUUAUCGACUCAGGUCCACGAUAUGAAGCGGCAUAUCCAAGUGGCAUUUCUCAUUUCCUUGAAAAAUUAGCAUUUGGUUCUACAAAUACAUAUGAUAGCAAGGAUAAAAUAAUGCUAGCUUUAGAGAAACAUGGUGGUAUAUGUGACUGUCAGGCAUCUCGUGACACAUUUGUCUAUGCAGCAUCGGCAGAACGUCGUGGAUUGGAUAUAGUUACUCAAGUUCUAGGUGAUAUUGUCUUGAGACCUCAAAUUACAGAGGAAGAGGUGCAAAUUGCCAGACAAACUGUACAAUUCGAAUUAGAGUCUUUACAUACAAGGCCAGAACAAGAACCCAUAUUAAUGGACAUGAUUCAUGCUGCUGCAUAUAGGAAGAACACAUUAGGUUUGCCCAAGAUUUGUCCAAAAGAGAAUAUUGAUAAAAUUGACAGAAAGAUUUUACACACAUAUCUCAAACAUCAUUAUGUACCGAAUAGAAUGGUAAUUGCUGGAGUUGGUGUUGAACAUGAUGAUUUGGUCCAUGCUGUUAACAAAUACUUUGUAGAUCAAAAACCUAUCUGGGAGGAACAACCUGAUCUUAUUCUAUUAAAUAAUGCAGAUACUGUCGAUAAAUCUAUCGCACAAUACAGUGCAGGAUGCAUUAUGGAGGAAUGCAAUGUGCCAAUUUACGCGGGACCUAGCGGCUUGCCGGAAUUAUCACAUAUUGUUAUAGGUUUAGAAGGUUGUUCCCAUCAAGAUUCAGAUUUUGUCGCUAUGUGUGUAUUAAACAUGAUGAUGGGAGGUGGCGGCAGUUUUAGUGCUGGCGGUCCUGGAAAAGGAAUGUACACUCGUUUGUACACCAAUGUGUUAAAUAGGUAUCAUUGGUUGUACAGUGCAACUGCAUAUAAUCAUGCUUAUGCAGACACUGGUCUGUUUUGUAUUCACGCUUCAUGCACACCAUCUAAUGUAAAGGAUAUGGUAGAAGUAAUUAUACACGAAAUGGUUGCCAUGGCAAGUGGAGUCUCGGAUAAUGAAUUAGCGAGGGCAAAGAAGCAAUUACAGUCGAUGCUACUUAUGAAUCUGGAACAACGGCCUGUUGUAUUUGAAGAUAUUGGUAGACAAGUUCUAGCAACUGGUUCUAGAAAAAGGCCAGAAUAUUUUAUGCAAGCUAUCGAUGCAAUAUCUAAGGAUGACAUUGAUAGAGUAGCACGACGUUUAUUAAAAUCGCCCCCUUGCAUAGCGGCACGCGGCGAAAUAAAAACCGUACCUUCUAUCGCGGACAUUCAAAACGCCUUACUCAAUCCUCAAGGUCGGUUACCUGGUUUUCGUAACAGAUUGUCACUCUUUCGUUAAAAAAAUGGAUAAAAUAUUCAAACAGUCUUCUCGUUCUAAAUAAAUGUCAUUUAAUUGUAUCCAAUUAUCAUAUAACAAAUGUUAUAUUUCUUUUUUUUUUAUUAGGCAAAAGAAAAUAAAGGUCUGGAUUUGUCCCUUUUAGUCUGAUAUGUAAUAUUCCAUUUCAUAUUGAACUAAAAUUCGUAUGGUGUGAAAGAUCCUGUAUCUCUUGGAUAAAAAUUUGUCAAAAUUUAA